CUCAAUUGGAGAGCUAGGUAUCGACCCUGGUCAGGCUGAGGAGAGAGAUAGAGGAGCGGACGAUGCAACUGUUCUAUGAGGAUGCUGCGACAGUCGGAUGGCAGGAAGAGGUUAGACUGCGACGACAGACGGGAGCAGAGCCCAUGUCGGCAGAGGAGCGAGAGAAGGCAGAGGCCGGACUCCAGGCGAGGUUGUUAUCUGAGGCAUCUGUGAGAGAGUUGGCGGAGGUCAUGCAGCAUGUCAGGCGUUUGUCUCGAUCUGAGGUCGAGCGGGGUGAGACGCUGCAGGACGUAGACAGUUGGGCAGAGGGAUCUAUGGGAGUUAGACCGACAUCAGAGGGAGAGACUAGCACUGUGGACAAGUUUAUGCUUGCCACAAGUGAGGUAGCACCCGUGGGACAGGGCCAGAUGCGUACUGUGGACCAGACUCCCCCUCUAGAGUUUGGAGUACGAGAGGGAGUAGUGGAGCCCCGAGAUGGUAUACUUCCAGACAGCGCGCAGGAUCCACACGUGAUACCGUUCGGGACCUUGCCCACCGCCGCAUCUCCGAGCCCUGACGUGAUGGAGGAGGUGGCUCGUGGACUUGCUCAGAGGUCUGCCGCACAGGAUAGGAGGAGAACCACUGAAGGAUCGGCGAGGGUGUUGAGUCCUGAUGAGGUGGACAGAGCUAUACAGGAGGUGACUACCAGAUUAGAGAGCAUUCAAACCCAGGCCUCAACCGCACCCAAGAGGGCGAAGGUUGGGGAAGAGAGCGCGCGUGACAGAUGUUCAUGGUGUGGCAGGGGAGGACAUCAUAGGGGAGACUGCCCUGCUUUUCAGCAUGAUCUUGAUAGAGGGAUUGUGCAGUUUGAUGCACAGGGACGCCUUAGGGACAUGCACCACACCCGCAUCCAACAGGGACGCCAUGAUAUGAGGGUGGCGGUAUAUAGCAGCCUGGGUUUGACACUGAGGGAGGAUGAGUGACAUCGGAUUUUCCUCGACUUGGACUUCUAAUCAUGGGCAUGAGGAUUUGAGAGGGUGGUGCGAUCUUGUUAUGGGUUUUGUGGUAUAUGAUGGUUACCUAGGACAUGUUUUUGGUUCAGUUGGAAACAUUUGUUGAUCCAGACUUUGGCACGAAGGAUGUUUCAUGUACAUAUAGUUUCUAUAGGUAUCACGUUUACGAUACCGCUUUCUUUGUCUAUCUCUGAUUGAGGAUGUCUCACCUUUAAGUUUGGAUCGUGAUGUGAGGUCUCGUGUGGAACCGGGAAGCCAAUAAACCUUUCUCACACCG